GAGAGAGAGAGAGAGAUACAGAUACAUACAUACACACACACACACACACAGAGAGAGAGAUACAUACACACGCACGAUUUUUUUAUUGAGCGCACAUCAUCAGUCCGCGCUUCAAAUGCAAACACAGUCAACAACUGAGAAAUUUUUCGGAAUAUUUGUUUGUUUGUUUGUUUGUUUGUCUGUCUGUUCAGUGUUCCAUCUGUCGACACACACGUAUUCGUGCUGAAUCUUCGGUAAAAGGUCGUUUUUGGCGUUAAUACGCGCAAUUACGCAUAGAAAACGUGAACCUGCAGCGAAGAUUUUUUUUUGGCUCCAAAGGUAAAAGGAGAAGAUUUUAACAAAUAAAAAAAUAAUAAAAACAGACAAAACCAGGGACAUCAAAAGCCAGAAGGGCAUCGAGAGGACAGCAGCGCCGGAGAACAGUAAUCAUUGUGAUUAAAUGCGUCAGCUGUAUGUGCAUGUGAAAUGAGAAGGAACUAAAACGACGUGCGUUAAAUGCAAACUGCUUGUUAGUACAAUAACAAAAUAAACCAAAACGCAUGUUCCCAUCUUACAGUAACCCGAUCCUUAUAGAAACUUGUUUCUUACUCAGACAGCUACGCAUGAACUGAUCAAUCAAAAACAAAAAGGGAGCAGAAAUCCGUAUAUAUAUAUAUAUUUUUAUGCACGUAAACAAGCGUGUUCAUGUUCUCGUGAUUCGGCAUAUUUGUGUACAGAUGUGCACACGGUCCUUCCAAACAUCUCAGGAUUGUGGAUAGUCUCAGUGCUGCUGACAUAAACUAGACGACACAAAGGGUGCCAGUUUCCUUACGCACAAGAAGACAACAAGUGAAACGACAGAUUCGUCUUGAGCAUCUCUGCAUCGAGGAUGGUACAGCCAGCACUCCACUUCCUGUCAGGCAUGCCUGCCAGGUGUCUCCUGUUCCUGUGUGUGCUUUGUGCUCUCUGGGUCUCUCUGUGUAAUGGGGCGUGUGCAGAGGUGGAUUCUGACACUGAGGCAGUAGCAGGAGAAGGCUUUAAACUGGGCUGCAUUUCCUGCAAGAUGAGAGGAGAGGUGGAAGCCAGAGCUAUCGCCGACUGGUACUUCAAGGCUAAGGGACAGACAGAGUUUGCACAUAUCUUUAGCUAUGAAAGUGAGGAGGCCAUCAUAAUUGACAACCAGUUUGAUGACCGCUUGGACUGGAAUGGCAGUAGAAAUACCCAUGACCUGCAGGAUGCCUCCAUCUACAUCCUCAAUGUGACCUUUAACGAUUCGGGAGUGUACCGCUGCUUCUUACGGCGAACCCUCCUCUAUGAUGCCUAUGAGCACGACGCUACAGCCAGCAAGUUGGUGCACCUGACUGUGGUGGCCAAAGCGACACGCGGUACGGCCUCCAUCGUUUCGGAGGUAAUGAUGUACGUGUCAAUCAUCGGGCUGCAGCUGUGGCUGUUGGUGGAGAUGAUCUACUGCUACAGAAAGAUUGCUGCGGCCGGUGACGAGGCCCUCAGAGCCAGCGCUGAGGAGUAUUUAGCCAUAGCAUCGGAAAGCAAAGAUAACUGCACAGGAGUGCAGGUGGCCGAAUAACAGAGGCUUUACCGGUGUUUCCCUCAUGCCUCUCCAUGUUCCUGUCUUCUGCUUCCUCCUGACAUCAUCACAAAGAUCCAGUUGGAUUCUACCCAUUUUUUGUACUUUUUACCCAGUCUUAUAAUCCAAAUCUUACACUGUUCCUGCACUGUUUUGUGAUAGUUUUGAUCCAAUCCUUCUAGUUUCGCAUGAAGGGCUUCUGGAAUGAGUUUGAAAGAGUCAGUAUGCAGUUCAGGCGCGCUUCAAGAAUGAUUAUUUGCUAAAACAAAACCCUCCGAUUUGCAUGAGUGUAAAAAAUAGGGCAUGAUUAUAGUCUCUCAAGUAUAUUGCACAUCAUACAUAUGCUUUGGUAAAGAAACUGAUUGAAAUGCAUUAUCUAUCUACUGUAUAUAUUAGGGUUGCCACUUAAAAUUUUAUUGGCAAGUUCCAUUUGUCCUGGAAAUUUUGGGUUUAUUUUUAUUUUAUUUUAUUUUAUUUAUUUAUUUUUACAAAAGCAACAAUCAGACAUAAAGAAAGCUACAACAAGCAAAAGCUUCCAUUUAAAGUGAACAAGCACAAAACUGGCCAUGAAGGAAAUCCUGCAAAAGAAGACAAAAAUAUCAUCUAGCCUUGUUAUGGCAGAAAUAUGUUUAAAUCAGUUAAAUUGUGCCCUUUAAUUUCAGAAUGUCAUUAAAAUGAUGUCUAUAAUCUUGUCUUAUAUGAUGUCUGACUAUAGCAAGGUCAAAUAUAAAGUAUUAACCUUAGGAAUUUUGACUGUAACUGUGUGUCGUAGCAUAGAGGUGGCAACCCUAGUAUAUAUUCCUGCACUGGCAAUAGUAAAAAAAAAAAGUAAAAAAUCAGCAAUAGGCCAAUGUUGCACUAGGGGUCAGUAAGGAGCAGUGAAUUACGCACAGUCUUUCUCAUUUUCAGGGCACUAUUCUCCAUGGUGUACUAACACCAUGCAAUGCUACUGGUGCAUGCGCUAGCCUACAUUGAUAUGGCGGGAAAACAGUCAGCUAUACUGUAAGUUUGAGCCAUUCUGUUCCUGUCAUUCAAUGCUGGAGCUACUUAGAUUAUACAUAUAAAAUCCUUAAAAUGUGAUGCUGCUGCUUUCAGCCAACACACAAAAUAUAGAUCCUAUGGGGCAUUGAUUGCUUACUUGCUCAGACAAGUAAGACUUUAAUUUUUGAGUUAAGACAUUACUGAUAGGAUUCAUUCAGUUUACUGAAAACACAACAGUGUUAUAAUGUUAUAAAUCAAUAAGAAUUGGACAUCACCUCCUGCUAAUGCAAUGAAAUAUACAUGAAUAGUUUUAUGCACUUUAAUCUCUUUGGUGAAUGCAUGAUCAAUCGGCAAUUAAGCAAUGCAAAUACUGUGUAUUAGACUCUUAUAAUCUACUACUACUGCUAUAAUACUCAACAUAUUUUUAUGACAAAACUGUAAUCUAUCAGAAUGUAUAAACUGUGAAGGAAAGACUUAUGACAGAGUAUGUUUGGGAGUAUUAUGAAUAUUAAAUAAUUGAAUAAAUAAAA